AUGACAGGAAUCGACGUUUUGGGUUUGAAAGAUCCAAACCCUGGUCUUUCAUACAAGACGUCCUAUGCGCACCCCUAUCCUUCUUCGUCCGUCUCCUCUUCCGCUUCCUCCUCGUCCUCGUCGGUCUUCUCCCUGGACGGACUGUCCACCCAGGGAUCGACCUCCUCGACCUCGACGAAUCCGGCAGAUGUGAUCUGGGAACAUGACGGAGAAUUCCAGGCUGGCCGAGGACCGGCGUCCUUGCAGGGCCCGCGUGAGCGAGCCUGCCUGAGGGCGCCUGUUCCCAAGCCCGCGGACGUCCCGGUGGCUCCGGAGUUACGUAAGCACCCUCGGCGCACCGGCGUUCAGGCCGCCAACGACACUGCGGCGUCUGCUCGGCCGCCUCCCUGUCUCAUGCGACAGUCGGAGCGGAAGGUUAACUUCGUCGACAACCUCGUCGACACCGCUUCCCAAAUCGUUGAGAUCAUCUGGCCUUUGUCGGCCGUCUCUCUGCGGAGUGACUCGGCGACGGGGUGCAAGGGCGUCUUGCCUCUUCGCACCUUCAUCCAAGAGACGCUGCGCAGAUCUCGCACCAGCUACAGUACGUUGCAGGUUGCUCUGUAUUAUCUGAUCAAGAUCAAGCCGCACGUGCCCAGUCAUGAUCUGACGCAGGAUCAGACUCGCAGCAAGCCUGUUUGCCGCGCCAUGCAAUGUGGCCGACGCAUGUUUCUUGCGGCUUUGAUCCUGGCCUCCAAGUACCUGCAGGACCGAAACUAUUCGGCCCGCGCCUGGAGCAAGAUUUCCGGUCUCAACACGGUCGAGAUCAACCAGAACGAGUUGAUGUUCCUGCAGGCGGUUGACUGGAAGCUUCACAUCACCGAGGCGACUUUCCAGCGAUGGACCGACAUCGUCCUGAAGUAUACCCCCGGCGCCGGCGCGCUGGCCCUGGAAGGUUACUCCUGGCGCACUGUCAUCCCCAGGCUGACGCCCGACCUGGAAGAAGUGGACGUUGCUCCGAUGACUCCCCCGGCGAGCGUGGAAGGCUACGAUGUCCGCUCCAUGGCGGACUCGCCGUCUCCCCGUGGCACGUCGACGAGAGGAGGAUUUGCGUCUUAUCCUUCGUCCUACCCCGCGGGCGAACCCUGCGUCCUGCCCUCCCUGUCCGAGCGGAUUCCCGAGUCUCGGACUGUGGAUUCAUUCAACCCGUCUCUCCCUUCGAUUCCGCGGCCGCCCAUGCUGCCGACCCCGCAGAUGACCCCCCAGUCGAGCAUGGCCUCCACUCCUGCAGCGAGUGCUGGCUCCUACCCUCCCCACCGACGCAACAUCUGUGCCGCUAUGUCUCAGGUGCAGAACAUGUGCAUGGCGCGGUCGACUCUCGACCAGCGCCCCUCGCUGCCGUUCUGCCCCAAGGCGAGCAAUGGCUCAUUUGAUGGUUACCCGACCAUGGUGCGUCGGUCGUCUCUGGCUCGCUCGACUUCGUCUGCAUCCUCUCCGGACUCGAUGAUCUCGGAUGUUUCCACCCUGUCCUCGCAGUCGUCGCGAUCUUCCUCCAUGUCCAGUGCAUCGGGGUCUGGCGGCGUCGUUCUGCCCCGCCUGGCGGUGCAGGCCGCGCUUCGGUCUACGAAUAACACCAUGAAGGAAAAUCGGAAGCCGCUGGCCAUUGCGUCGCCCAUCGACGAGACUUCGCUGAGUGAUAUCUACCACUCGUCGCCUCUCGACGGCUACGGCGCCCCCCCUACUGCCGUCCCCGAUCUGUCCAACUUCACGCUGGGCACUCCGGUGGAUAUGAGUUCUACUCACGAGGCCGCACAGGGUCUCUGUGCGCUCUCCGGAGCAGCCGCAUCUCGUCAACCUCAUGCGGCCGGCAGUCAGCGUCAUAGCCAAGGCCGCAAGCGCGGUCGCGCCGGUUCCGAGGACUUCCCGCUCCAGAAUCAUGUUCGCCACCUGAUCCAUUCCACCGCCAUUCGUGAGGGGACGGUUCUCCCUGACGGGAAGAUGGCCGACCUCUUUCUGAACUCGGGCCCGCGUCGUUCGCAAUCUCUGACGGCGACGCAGUUAAACGCCCUCAACUCGUACGCGCCGCUGUCCGGACCCGUCGGAAUGAAACGGGCCUGCUGCGGUAGCGAAGCGAACAAGAUCGCGUUGAAUCCUACGAUGCGCGCUGAAUAUCUGGGCUAG